AUAUCUCAGUGCAGAUCCCUCAUCAGGACGGCAUGCUCCCCCUGGUGUCCACCAUGCCACUUCACAACCUUCACUUCCUGCUUUCAGAGUCCAUCUACAGACAGCAGCACGUCUGCUCCAACCUGGUGACACUCAGAGACCUGAAGGGGAUUUCAGACUCUGGUUUCCUUGACGACAUGUCCUUGGACAGCAUCUCUCUGGGUCCGGGUUUCGAUCGGCCGUAUCAGUUUGAUCCAAACGUCCGUGAAUCUCGGACUCUGCAGCUCUACAAACACCUGAACCUGAAGAGCUGCAUCUGGACCUUCGACGCGUACUACGACAUGACGGAGCUCAUCGACGUCUGCGGGGGCUCCGUCACCGCCGACUUCCAGGUGCGAGACUCGGCUCAGUCGUUCCUCACCGUCCAGGUUCCUCUCUACGUGUCCUACAUCUACGUGACGGCGCCGCGGGGCUGGGCGUCUCUGGAGCACCACACCGAGAUGGAGUUCUCCUUUUUCUACGACACGGUGCUGUGGAGGACAGGUAUCCAGACUGACAGCGUCCUGUCAGCCCGACUGCAGAUCAUCAGGAUCUACAUCAGAGAGGACGGCCGACUGGUCAUCGAGUUCAAAACACACGCCAAGUUCAGAGGUCAGUUUGUCCCUGAACACCACACGCUGCCCGGUCAUAAGUCUCACCUGAUGGCUCCGGAUCACCUGGGAGGAAUCGAGUUCGACAUCCAGCUGCUGUGGAGCGCUCAGACCUUCGACUCUCCGUAUCAGCUGUGGAGAGCAACCAGCUCCUACAGCAGGAAGGAUUAUUCAGGAGAGUACACGGUGUUCCUGAUCCCGUGCACCGUUCAGCCCACUCAGCCCUGGAUCGACCCUGGAGACAAACCGCUGUCCUGCACCGCCCACGCUCCAGAGAAGUUUCUGGUGCCCAUUGCCUUCCAGCAGACCAACAGACCGGUUCCCGUGGUCUACUCUCUGAACACAGAGUUUCAGCUGUGUAACAACGAGAAGGUGUUCAUGAUGGACCCGGCCACCGCCGACGUCUCCAUGGCCGAGAUGGACUACAAGGGCGCCUUCUCCAUGGGUCAGACUCUGUACGGCAGGGUGCUGUGGAACCCGGAGCAGAACCUGAAUGCAGCGUACAAGCUGCAGCUGGAGAAGGUUUACCUGUGCACAGGUAGAGAUGGAUACGUUCCCUUCUUUGACCCGACGGGGACGCUGUACAACGAGGGUCCGCAGUACGGCUGCAUCCAGCCCAACAAACACCUGAAGCACCGCUUCCUGCUGCUGGAUCGUAAGCAGCCCGACGUCUGUGACAAGUUUUUCCACGACGUUCCUUCGAGGCUCAUUUGGCCUCGGACGUCCCCGAGCUGCACGCCGUGA